ACAGGCCAUCUGAUUCAGGAUCUGGGUCCUCAGGCCGAUCGCCUGUUGAAGGUCGUCGGCAGCGGCACGGAGGAAUUGCUCAUCCAGCUGAGCGACCCAGUUACUGACCUGUUGGCCGGACUCGGCUUGGUGGGUCUAUCUCAGCCCGUGGGAAGCCUCCUCCGAAGCGCCUCCAGCAUCGGUGAGCUGGUGUCGGACUUGGGUCAGCCCGUGGACAACCUUUGCAUCGUGACGGGCAAGGGUCUUGGUUUCUUGUUGAUCGAAUUGGACCACCCCGUGGCUGAUCUCCUUCGCGAGCUUGGCCUUGAUGCGCUCGCUCAGCCGGUGGGAAAUGUGCUCAGCGAUAUUGGCAGCAGCCUCAAGCGUCGGACUGAUGUCUCGAAGCCGGCGGGUCUGCUCGAGGAGCUGGCCCCCGUGGUGGAUUGCAUCCUUCAAAUCACCGGCGAAGACCUCAAGCCACUGCUGAUCCGUCUAAGCAACCCCGUGGCGCAGCUCCUGGUCAACCUGGGCUUGAACGAGGCUGGGCGCAGCGUGGGCCAAGUGAUCCGGUCGGCUGCCUCGGUGGGCGACCUGAUUGCCAACUUGGGACCGGUUGUGGAUUGCCUGCUCACUGUGGUGGGUGAGGACGGUGGUCUCCUGCUGAUCAAGCUGGAUCCCGAUGUUGCCGCCUUGGUGUCUGGCCUGGGGUUGCCGGCUAUCGGAGUGCCCGUGGGUACCAUUGUUGGGGAGCUGGGAAAUGCUUUGUAG